GGCCGCGGCAGCCCGGCAUCGGCAGCGGUAGCGGGGCGGCGGCGGCGUCCCCGGAGCGGCGCGGACCAUGCUGCUGGACGCCGGCCCGCAGUUCCCGGCCCUCGGCGUGGGCACCUUCGCCCGACACCACCACUCGGCCGCGGCGGAGAUGCAGGACCGGGAGCUGAGCCUGGCGGCGCAGAACAGCUUCGUGGAUUCGGCGGCGGCGCACAUGGGCGCCUUCAAGCUCAACGCCGGCGCCCACGACCUCUCCCCGGGGCAGAGCUCGGCUUUCACCUCGCAGGCGCCCGGCUACCCCGCCGCCGCCCUGGGCCCCCACGCUGCACACGUCGGCUCCUACUCCGGAGCGCCCUUCAACUCCACCCGGGACUUCUUGUUUCGCAGCCGCGGCUUCGGGGAUUCGUCGCCGGCCGGCGGGCAGCACGGCAUCUUCGGCCCUGCGGCCGGCAGCCUGCACCACCCGCACACGGACGCUCAGAGCCACCUUCUCUUCCCGGGCAUCCACGACCAGCAUGGCCCCCACGCUUCCCAAAACGUCCUCAACGGGCAGAUGCGCCUGGGUUUGCCGGGGGAAGUGUUCGCCCGGUCGGAUCAGUACCGCCAGGUCUCCAGCCCCAGGACUGACCCAUACUCGGCGGCUCAGCUGCACAACCAGUACGGCCCCAUGAAUAUGAAUAUGGGCAUGAACAUGGCAGCCCACCACCAUCACCAUCCAGGUGCCUUUUUCCGCUACAUGCGGCAGCAGUGCAUCAAGCAAGAGCUCAUCUGCAAGUGGAUCGACCCCGAGCAGCUGAACAACCCCAAAAAAAGUUGCAAUAAAACUUUCAGCACCAUGCACGAGUUGGUCACCCACGUCUCGGUGGAGCACGUUGGGGGACCCGAGCAGAGCAACCACGUCUGCUACUGGGAGGAGUGUCCCCGGGAAGGCAAACCCUUCAAAGCCAAAUACAAACUGGUCAAUCAUAUCCGAGUGCACACGGGAGAGAAACCCUUCCCCUGCCCCUUCCCCGGCUGCGGAAAAGUUUUCGCCAGAUCAGAAAACCUCAAAAUUCACAAAAGGACGCACACAGGUAAUGCGGGUUUCGUUCGGCAGAUUAUCCCCCUUUUGCCCGUGCCUAUACAUUAUGUAUAAAACCACAUAGAAACUCAGGCAGGGAGAUGUAAAAUAAUGAGAGUGAUAAAAUAACGAUCCUGUUUAACAUUCCCCCCCCCCCCCCCGCUCGAUCCCACAGCUGCGUUUGUU